GAUAAAAAUGGAGAUCCAAGAAAUCGACAUUUGACAGCGUUCGUUCAGGUACUCUUGUUGGAAAUUGUUACCCGAGGUUCGAUACCGUUGUUUUGGUCGCAACGUCCCAAUCUCCGCUGGCAACCCGAACCAAUGAUGAAGCCAACUGACGAUCAAUUAAAUGCGUACGUUAGUCAUAUGAUCUUGCAGCGUCAGGUCUACGGUGGACAACAUGUGAUUGUGAAUCUCGUAAAUCAACGAGGACGUGAGAGGCGAUUAGGUGGUGAAUUGGAACGUGUGGCACUUCAAGCUAGUCUUCCCUUCGUUAGGCAUAACCCUUUCGAUUUCCACAAGGAAUGUCAUGCGAUGAACUGGGCGAGAAUAUCGAUUUUGAAAGAUCAACUGCGCAAUGAGAUCACUCAGUUCGGAUUCUUCUCGUCGCCACUGGCUCACCCUGAGCGUAGCCGUCAGCAAACGGGCGUGUUCCGGACGAAUUGCAUGGACUCGUUGGACAGAACGAAUGUUGUGCAAUCGAUGAUCGCGAAGGAAUCUCUGAAAGAUCAACUCACAUAUAUGGGUAUAAUCGGUAGUGGGAUUUACACGUUGGACGAUUUUCCUGAUCUCAUCAAACUGUUCAAAAAUGUAUGGGCAGAUAAUGGCGAUGAGUGCAGUCGACAGUAUGCUGGAACUGGCGCUCUGAAAGCCGAUUUUACACGUUUUGGAAAGCGAACUUACGGUGGUUGCUGGAACGAUCUCGUGAACGCACUGACUUCCAGACGCAUUUAUUCAUUUGAGAAUUUACCGGCAACAUUUGAAACGACCAUCCUGAAUUUUGACUAUCACGGUGGUGCGAUCGCAGGCGCCAUCUUUGCGGCAGCAAUGACGAUUCUUUGCGUUUUGGUCGCAGACAACAUGACCGCAACAAUAUUUUGGUUGGUGAUCUUCAUGGCUCUGAUGCUGUUCAUCUUUAUCAACGGAGAAGAAUUUGUGAACCGCCCGAAGCUGAAACUAGAAUAA